AUGGCAGUUCUGGAUUUAUUUGUUGUAGCGUUGAUUCCGGUACGCAAGUCUCUUCUGAUCACUGCUCUGGGCCUAUUUCUCGCCAUGGAUCAUGUUAAUAUCUUGGGCGAUGCCGCUCACCACCAUCUCAACAACGUCGUAUUCUAUGUCUUCAUUCCAGCACUUGUGGGUGGUAGCCUCACUGAUACAAUCAUAGCUAGUAGCAUAGUAUCUUUGACCCCACAACACUUGCAUGGUCUUGUAAUUGGUUCAUGUGUUGCUGGAAACCUUGGGAACAUGCUUCUGAUCAUGAUACCCGCUGUUUGUGAAGAAAGUAACAGUCCAUUCGGGGACAAACAAACUUGCUCGACUAACAGGAAAUCUGUAGUUUCACUUUCUAUGGUGGUAAACUAA